AUGCCAUCAAGUACUGUGCUCUUCGCUCGGCGCACUCCUCAGCAGUCACGAUACACCGUAACCUACACUCCGAAUCCCUCGCGACUUCCGACCGUUUCGAAGAUUCAGAUAUCACGUCAACGAAUUAACAUGCCUGAUCGAUCGUCCUGGGACAAGGAACAUGCCCAAUUCGAAGCUCAGCUCAGGGCGCAGGCUAAUCGCAAGGAAGUGCUCGACACACAUGGUCAAACGCAUUCCGUGCACGCCACCCAGGCGGACUCUCGCCCCAGAAGAAGACCUUCACUGUCAUAUGUAUCUCAACCAAGUGCAAACCUGGGCCUCAAGCCGAGUACUUCGUCGCAGAGGCCUCCUCAGAAAGUUCAAUUCACUCCUUCAGUCAACGAGAGAGAGUUCAGUAAGUGGUCGUCGAGCCGGAGACCGAAGGGCAAGAUCGACCAGAAGAAGAAGCUGAAGAAGGCAGGCAGGGACGAACCCGAAGUUCAUAGUGGUGUUGGCCAAGAGCGACACUUAAGCUGGUUGUCGAAGCUCAAAGUCUCCUCGAAAAGUCUCAGUCCAGGCAAAGCCAGCGGACACCACGUUGUAAGCGUCUCCAUUUCAGUCGGGUCAGCCAAAGGCAAGAACGACCCGUUGACAUAUCGACAGCCUAGCAAGUCAGACCACCAAGCUUCGUAUGACGGACUCACACGUGUAUCAGACGACCCUGCCACCAGGAGUCAGCGGCACUCACACACGUACCGUGGCGCUUACCUAAGUCUACCGACAACCAUGCCAAUCUCCUCCGCGCCGGAAGGCACUACCAAGCUCCCUCCAUCAACGUCUUACACUCCAACAAUGUCGUCUGGGAGCAAGUCCGCAGCAGCGUACUCCGCGACGCAGCUAAGUGCACCACAGCAAGCCUACGGUCAGCAGCCACCGAACUUACACAGGCCGUUCCAUGAACCAACUAUCAACCUUGCGCCCCACAACAUCGUAGCGAACACAGGUCAAGCAGGCCCAGCGCACUUGCCAAACUACACUGCAACCCCUCUGCCUCAAUAUGCGUCAAAUCCGCUCCAGAGCCAGCGCCUGCACCAUAAUUCAGUCUCUCAGGUCCAGCAGCCAUCUCAUGAUCAAGCUCAGCAAUAUCACAACUCGUCUAUGGGACAAUUCGAUGCCCGGCACCACCAACUGCCACCGAACGACCCGUACUGGAGGAUUGUACCACCAAAUCCUCCGGGCCCAAAACUGCAGCUGAAUCAAGUCAUUGCCGCUGCUAGCGCACAUUCGAAUCCCCGCGCCGGAGCAAGUCACCCAUCAAAGGUCAUCGCAGGACGUCCGCCAAAGGGCGCCCCACGAACGGCUGAGAACACGGUCACGAGUGCGACAACAAGAUUGCCCGCACCGAAGCCUCCCAGCAAAUCACCAACACCCUCUCAGAACAACACGACCGCCACGGCGGGCGCUCCAAGCUUGCGGACCAAGAAGGCCAGUGGCGCAGCUGCGCAAGGACCUCCGAAGGACUCGAGCAUGAGCGGCAACAGCUCGAAGAUCGGGACAAGAGAUGCAGCUGGACGACCAUGGGGACCAAAAUGGGAUGAUGCUAGCGGUAAGGUUGUUUGGGGAUACUGGUGA